AUGGAUUCCGACGCCUCUGAUGCCUCGGCUUUCAGUCUCGACGACGAGUCCGAUGGCUUUGUCAUGGAACCUAAACCUAAGCUCAAGGCAGCCCCAAAGAAAGCCGCCGUGAAACCCGCCGUGAAGAAGAUGGUCCAAACCACGCUGAAGACCAAGCCCGCCGCCGCCACCAAGAAGCGCCCCAAGCCCGAGAGCGACGAUGAUGAUGCUAUGAGCGACGGUUCUGGCUUCUCAAACACCCCUCCCAACUCCAAGAAACUAAAAAAAGACCCGCCACCCAAGAAGUCUUCUGGAGUUCCCUUGGCGGAGCUCGAAAACGACAGCAUGAUCAUCGACAGCCCUCCCAAGGCCAAGACAAAGAAGACCGCCACCGAAACAUACCAAAAAUUGACCCAGCUCGAGCACAUCAUCAAGCGUCCUGAUACCUACAUCGGAUCAGUAGAGAAGACGGAACAGCAGAUGUGGGUUUUCAACAAGGAAACCUCCCUCAUGGAAUACCGAGCCGUGACCUUCGUACCUGGUCUUUACAAGAUCUUUGACGAAAUCCUCGUCAACGCCGCUGACAACAAGCAACGUGACGGCACCAUGACCUACAUGAAGAUCAACAUCGAUCGUGCGAAUGGUACCAUCAGCGUGGAAAACAACGGUAAAGGUAUUCCUGUUGUGAUCCACGAGAAGGAGAAGAUCUACAUCCCCGAGCUCAUUUUCGGCCAUCUCUUGGCUGGUUCCAACUUCGACGAUGACGAGAAGAAGACGGUUGGUGGUCGAAACGGUUAUGGAGCCAAGCUCUGUAACGUCUUCAGCACUGAAUUCAAUCUUGAAUGUCAGGAUAGCGAGCAUGGAAAGCGCUACAAGCAAACGUGGACGGACAACAUGCAGAAGAUGCAAAAGGCCAAAAUCACAUCCAGCAAGUCAUCUGACUUCACCCGCAUCACAUUCAAGCCGGAUUACGAACGGUUUGGUAUGUCAGAAGGCAUCGACGAUGACCUGGAAUGCCUGCUGUUCCGGCGAGUCUACGACAUGGUCGGAACGGUCCGAGGCAUCAAAGUCCACCUCAAUGGUGAACAGAUCAAGAUCAAGGACUUCAAGGCCUACUGCGAUCUGUACGCCAAGUCGAUUGCCAAGGAUAGAACCGACGAGGAGGGUGGCACUCCAACAUGCACCGUCGAGAUGGACAAAGACAAGAGCCAUCCUCGCUGGGAGGUUGGCUUCGCUGUUUCGGACGGUACCUUCCAGCAAGUUUCAUUCGUCAACUCCAUUGCUACGACAAGUGGUGGCACUCACGUCAACUACGUCGCCGAUCAGGUCACGGCUUACCUGCUCAAGACUCUUAACAAGAGGAAGAAGGGCCAUACCUUGAAACAAAGCCAUCUCCGUAAUCACAUUUUCAUCUUUGUCAACUGUCUUGUCAACAACCCGGCUUUCACAUCCCAGACCAAGGAACAAAUGACGACCAAGACGAGCCAGUUUGGUAGCAAGUGUGUUCUUGGGGAAGACUUUCUCAAGAAGAUUGCGAAAUCAGAUGCUAUCCAAAACAUCAUGGAAUUCGCGGAGCGGAAAGCCGACAAGCUGAUGGCAAAGAGUGACGGAAGCAAACGUUCCCGUGUCAGCAACGCCAAGCUAGUCGAGGCCAACUUGGCUGGCACACGACGUGGCCACGAAUGCACUCUGAUCUUGACAGAAGGUGACUCCGCCAAGGGUUUAGCCGUGUCUGGCCGAGCCAUCCUUGAUCCCGACCGCAUCGGUGUUUUCCCACUUCGCGGAAAGAUGCUCAAUGUACGCGAUGCAUCCAUUGAUCAAAUAACAAAGAAUCAAGAAAUCCAGAACAUCAAGCAAUUCCUGGGUCUCAAACACAAGCAGAUUUACACCGAUACCAAGAGUCUCAGAUAUGGUCACUUGAUGAUCAUGGCCGAUCAGGAUCAUGACGGAAGUCAUAUCAAGGGUCUUCUCAUCAACUUCCUUCAAGUGCAGUUCCCGUCGCUCCUACAAGUUCCCGACUUCUUCCGUGAGUUUAUCACGCCCAUUGUCAAGGUCUGGCAAGGACCCGAUCCGAAGAAGCCCAAGAAGUUGAAGACCUUCUUCACACAACCCCAGUACACAGAAUGGAAAGAGACCCAUGCCAACGAGCAGUCCAGAUGGCAGGCCAAAUACCUCAAGGGUCUGGGAUCCUCUACCAACGAGGAUGCCCAAGUCUACUUCACCAACCUCGACGAGCAUCUGAAGGAGUUCCAAGUCAUGAAACCAGACGAGGCGGAACUCUUUGAACUUGCUUUUUCCAAGAAGAAGGCAGACGCGCGAAAGGAGUGGCUCGGCAAUUUUGUUCCGGGUACUUUCUUGGACCACUCAACCAAGUCGAUCACUUACGGCGACUUCGUUAACAGAGAACUGAUCCUGUUCAGCAUGGCUGACAACAUGCGCUCAAUUCCUUCCGUGCUCGAUGGCCUGAAACCUGGUCAACGCAAGGUCAUCUAUGCUUGCUUCAAGAGAAACCUUGUAAAGGAUAAGAAGGUGGUCGAAUUGGCUGGUUACGUUUCCGAGCAAACGGCAUACCACCACGGUGAAAUGUCUCUUCAGCAGACGAUCAUUGGCUUGGCUCAGAACUUUGUCGGCUCAAACAACAUCAACUGUCUAGAGCCAAGUGGAAACUUCGGUUCCCGACUUGCCGGUGGUUCAGAUGCUGCUAGCCCUCGUUACACCUUCACUCGCCUUUCACCAUUCGCCCGAAAGAUCUUUUCCCCUCUAGAUGAGCCUAACCUGGAAGCUCAAUUUGACGAUGGAAAACCGAUCGAGCCCUUGGUCUACUCGCCGAUCAUUCCCAUGGUCCUUGUCAACGGCGCUGACGGUAUUGGUACCGGUUGGAGCACGUCGAUUCCCAACUACCAUCCUGCGGAAAUCGUCAAGAACCUGAAGCGCCGAAUGGGUCGCCUUGACGACAAUGACGACGAGGAAAAGCCUUUCGAGACCAUGACACCUUGGUUCCGUGGCUGGAAAGGUGAACCCAAGGCGGCUGGACCUGAUCGCUACAAGUUCAAUGGCAUUGCCACCCGAGACGAUCAAAACCCGAACGAGGUUAUCAUCACUGAACUGCCCAUCCGAGUGUGGACAGAUGACUUCAAGGCCAAGCUUGAGAAAAUUAUCAGUGGCGGUGACGGUCCAACCUGGAUCAAAGAUUACAAGGAGUUCAACGAUCACAACACUGUCCGUUUUGAGAUUAUGGUUGACGAGAAAUUCAUGCCCAAGGUUCUCGAGGAGGGCAUACUCGAGCGUUUUAAGCUAUUGAAGCAAGUAGCAACAUCCAACCUGGUAGCCUUUGACUCUCGGGGCCGAAUCCGCAAGUAUGAGAAGGUUGAGGAAAUUUUGGAGGAGUACUAUUGCCAUCGAAUGGACAUGUACCUGCAGCGAAAGAAAUAUUGGCUCGGUGUGUACCAUGCCGACUACCGCAAGUUGAAGAACCAGGCCCGCUUCAUCAAGGAAAUUAUUGAUGGCGAGCUUGUCGUUGGCAGAAAGAAGAAGAGCUUGCUUGUGGAGGAGCUUCGAGAACGCAAAUAUGAGGCAUUCCCACCAGGAAAAGAAAAGAAGUCGAACGAAGACGAAGAAGAAGCAGAAGAGGAAGUUGACGCUGUAGACGGCGGCGCUCGCGAUUACGACUACCUACUUUCGAUGCCCAUUUGGUCUCUUACGGCCGAGCGUCUCGAGAAGCUCAAGGAUGCCAUUGCCAAAAAGAAGACUGAGCACGACGACCUUCUCGCAUUGAAUGAGAAGGACCUGUGGUGCAGAGACCUUGACGAGUUCAUGGCCGAGUGGGACAACCAGCUCGCGCUUGCUGCCGAGAUCAAAACUAACAUUCGCCGCCUGGGCCGCCGAGUGUCGAAGAAGAUUGGUGCUGGCCGUGGCCGCAAGGUCAAGGAUGAAGACGAUUAUGAGCCUGAGAAGAAGGCCCGCGGCAAACCCAAGGCUGCAGCAGCCAAGGCCGCGCCUGCCAAGGAGACGAAGAGUUCCCAGAGGUUUACAGAGACGUUCAGUUCCAAGCCCAAGGUCAAGGUGGAGAAGGAGUCUGAUGUUGUAGAGCUAUCUGACAACUUCUCCGAUGAUGACUUUGCGGCACUCGGCAAGGGCAAAUCAGCAGCCAAGGCUGCGCAGUCGCAGUCGCAGUCAGAAGUUGAAGCUGUUCCUGUUCGCACCAAGCGGGCUGCUGCAUCCAAGGCGAGGACCAUUUUCGAUGACGAAGACUCGGAGAGUGACGACGACCAGAUGCUCGGCGACGUCGGCGCGCUUGUCAAGGGAAUCGACAAGCCGGCGGGCGAGUCAUCCGGCGGCAGACUUAGUUUGUAUGCCAUGAACCGCCCCGAUUCAAGCCACGGCAAUGGCAGCUCCGGUGGCCUUCCAAAGCCAAAGACUAAGUCGGCCAAGUCGUUUGACUUUGACAGCCCUGACGACACCAACUACGAGAUGUUGGCCAAGUCUUCCCCUCACAAGACCGCGACAAAGGGAGACCACAUCGACAGCUUCCUGUCUGAUGAUGACCCGGUCCCUUCUCCAGCCAAGCCGGCAGUUUCCAAGGCCACAUCACUUAGCGCUACGGUAGCAGGCCUUACCAGUGUCAAGAAACCCCGAGGUCGUCCUGCUGGAGCGAAGGCCAAGGCCAAGGACGAUGCCAAGCCUGAGCCAAAGCCCAAGGCCGCACCCAAGGCAGCGCCGAAGAGCAGAGCCAAGGCAGUGUCAAAGGCCAGCACUCUCUCCCCAGCGGCAAAGGCAUACGCGGCUCGAAAGGCCAUAAAGAAGAGUGUCCUAGAUGAUGAUUCGGAUGAGGAAAUGGAAGAACUUUCAUCGCCUCCUCCCCGACCGGCUGCAAGGGCGCGGCCAGGUCGAGCAGCGGCUGCGAGACGGCCAGUUGUGAUUGACGACGAGGACUCGUCGAUGAUGGAGGACCAGCAGAACGACGACGAGAGCGAAGAUCCAUUUGAGGUGGAUGAUGAUGAGGACUAG